AUGAGUGUGCAAGUCGAAGUGUCAGACAGAGAAAUCAAGAGUGUUUUGAUCAAAACUGUAAAUGCUACUCGGACUGAUUGGGCAAGAAAAUUGGAUGAUGUAUUAUGGUCCUACCGCACUGCAUUCAAAACUCCGAUUGGAAUGUUGCCGUAUAAAUUGGUGUUUGGAAAGGCAUGUCACUUGCCGGUGGAGUUAGAGCAUAAAGCCUUCUGGGCAUUGCGACAAUUAAAUCUGGACGUGGAGGUCACUGGAACUAGUAGAGUCACAGAGUUGCAUAAACUUGACGAGUUUCGGUACCAUGCUUUUGAGAGUACAAGGUUGUACAAGGAAAGAAUGAAAUUGGUGCACGACAAAAAUAUUCUUGAGCGAAAUUUUAAGCCGGGAGAUAGGCAAGUCGUACAGUGCAUUGCGCGUCGCCUGGUCCACAAUGAGCUGGUCCAGGCGUUAGCUCUCGCAUCGCCUGAUGUAAAGCUCGCGUUGGAGCUCGCCUCAUGA